AUAUUUGUUAUUUUAACAAAUAAACAAAAAUGGAAAGGAAAAAAGAUUCCACGGUAAUUGAAAUAGAAAGCAGUCAUUCUGAUGUUUCUGGUAGCAGUAAGAAUAAAAAGAGUAAAAAGAAGAAAAAAUAUUCUGAGGAAAGAAAACGCAAAUUGUCAAGUUCAUCAGAUUCAAGUUCUUCUACUUCUGAUUCAGAUUCCUCUAGUAAAAAAAUUAAAAAGAAACUAAAAAAAUUAAAAAAGAAAAGGAAGAAGGAAAAAAAGAAAGACAAGAAGCAAAAAAAGAAAGAUAAAAAUAAAGCAGUUACUGAGGAUGAGGAUGGUGCAGCAGCUGAUAUACCUCUAGAUUUAAUGGAGAAACCAAGAAGUCUUGCUCCGAUGACCAAGGAAGAGUGGGAAAAACGACAAAGUGUCGUAAAAAGGGUUUAUGAUGAAACUACUGGUCGUAAUCGGUUAAUAAAAGGUGAUGGAGAAGUAAUAGAAGAAAUAGUGAGUAGAGAUCGGCAUAUGGAAAUAAAUAGACAAGCAACCAGAGGAGAUGGAAUGUAUUUUCAAAAGCAAAUAUCUAAAGACUUGAAAUAAUUCAUUGAUUCAAAUAUUUUAUUUUUUAACUUUAUUUAAAUGUAUGAGAAAAACAAAUAAAUAUGUUUUGCUUCUUAAA